AUGUCCAGUGCACCAUUGUUACAAAAAGCCCCAGGCAAGAAAAUAGCCUUACCAACAAGAGUUGAGCCAAAAGUCUUUUUUGCCAAUGAACGUACAUUUUUGUCAUGGUUAAAUUUUACAGUUAUGUUGGGUGGUUUAGGUGUUGGGUUAUUGAAUUUUGGUGAUAAAGUUGGCAGAAUAAGCGCAGCCUUAUUUACAUUGGUAGCUAUGGGUACUAUGAUAUACGCGUUAGUUACAUACCACUGGAGGGCUGCUGCCAUUAGGCGUAGAGGAUCUGGUCCAUAUGAUGAUAGACUGGGACCAACUAUUCUAUGUUUCUUUUUAUUAAUUGCCGUUAUUAUUAACUUUUUCUUGAGGAUGAAAUAUAGCGAUUGA